AGGAGGAGGAGGAUUUCAGGAGCGGAGAAAUUCACUUCAGUCUGUGCGCAAGAACGCACAGAGUCAGCGAGGGGAGCCUAACAGAGCUGCGGAGGAUUAUCACCACAGUGACUCUUCUUUCACUACACCUUUUAAAACAAAUGUCUCUCUUUCAUUAACAAACAACUGCAAGGACAUGAUGGUGGAAGUUUCAAAGAGCGUCUACAUCCUUCUUUGCUGCCUGUUGCUGCACCCUGUGUUCUCAGUGCAGAAUCAGAUGUGUGACAUGAUGAUGGAUAUCGACAAGGAGAGGGACAUGUGCCUGUCCCGGAUCGAGAACAAAACCACAGGUUGCAGUGGAACGUGGGAUAAGAUCACCUGUUGGCCCAGUGCAGAAGUUGGAGAGGUUGUCACCAUCCCCUGCCCCAAAUAUUUAUUCAUCUUCUCCAGGGAUGCAACUACACGUAACCUGUCAAAGACGUGCACUGAGGAUGGCUGGGCCCCGGUCAGCAUAGCCUCCUAUACAAUGGACUGUGGAUACAAUCCUAACAGCACCAUGGAUGAAAAUACGGGAGACUUCUUGGAUGCUAUCAAAGUGGGUUACACCAUCGGGCACAGCGUGUCGCUCAUUUCUCUGACGAUCGCCAUCAUCAUACUGUGUCUCUUUCGGAAGCUGCACUGCACGAGAAAUUACAUCCACAUGCAUCUCUUUGUGGCUUUUAUUCUGAAGGCCGUGGCUGUUUUCAUCAAGGACGUUGUCCUGUAUGUUGUCGGGGAGACAGACAACUGCCAGUCAACUGUGGGCUGCAAGGCCGUGAUGGUCUUCUUCCAGUAUGGAAUCAUGGCAAGCUACUUCUGGCUGCUGGUGGAGGGCUUCUACCUCCACACUCUGUUAGCCGUUUCCUUCUUCUCUGAGAGGAAAUACUUCUGGUGGUACAUCCUGAUUGGUUGGGGGGCUCCGACCAUCUUUAUCUCAGCGUGGGUGAUCACAAAGGCUUACUUAAAUGAGCCUGGCUGCUGGGAAACAAUUAAUGACAAGCCAUGGUGGAUCAUCAAAACACCUAUUUUAGUCACCAUACUCGUGAACUUCUGCCUCUUCAUCUGCAUAAUCCGGAUUUUGCGACAGAAGAUGAAUUGCCCUGACAUUGGAAGAAAGGAAUCCAAUCAGUACUCGAGGCUGGCUAAAUCCACUUUGCUGUUGAUCCCUCUCUUUGGAAUAAACUACAUCAUUUUUGCUUUCAUCCCUGACCACAUCCACCCACAAGUGAGGCUGGUGUUUGAUCUCAUCCUGGGGUCGUUUCAGGGUUUUGUUGUUGCAGUUUUGUACUGCUUCCUAAACGGAGAGGUGCAGGCAGAGAUCAAGCGCAAGUGGCGCAGAUGGAUGCUGCAGAGGUUCCUGGGUGCUGGAACAAAGUAUCAACAACCCUCCAUCGGAAGCAACGGCAACAAUUUCAGCACCCAGAUCACCAUGUUGACCAAAUGCAGUCCGACAACUCGCCGGGCGUCCGAGUGUCAGGAGCACCUCUCCGCCAUCUGAAACAUCGGAGUAGUUGGCGCAACGUUUUGUUUUUGUCAUUAUUCACUAAAAGCAUGGCUCAGACGUGCUGAUUUAAUUCAGUUGAUUCUGGUUACUGAAAGUCUGUUAGACAUUUUGGUGCUGAGGCUGAGAAGUCAUCUGAAAUGUUCUUCUUGUCAGGGUGGAAAGGCAUCUCAAACCAUUUUCAAAAUGCAGGACCUGUUCAUAAAAAUAGGUCACAUUUCUAAGUUAGCAUUAUAAAUUAAUGUCUAAAAAAAUACAAAAACAUAGCCGUCACAGAAGGCUGUUCUCCUUCUGUAUCGAACAUUUGGUGCUGAUACAUAGGUAAACAGUUUGUUGAGCUUUGUUUGCAUCACAUGAUGAGGGGGCUUGGAGCAUCUGCUGUGUUAGAAAUCAGCCCUCUGAAACACACAACAGUAAACAGCAGAGCGAGAGACCCUCAUGACCGCUCUGCAAAUGGAGUGUUGGCCAGCAUUUUCCAUCUGAUGUUGAGCUGUAGAUGGACAGAGCGAGAGACGAGCUGUGCCCUAUAAGAGGAACAUGUUUAUUAAAAAGGCGUGUUACACAAGAACUCAGAGCACUUAACCUAAUGGCUCAUGUUGCUGAGGGGACUAGCAGUAACAACAUUAAUGAUAUUGUCAUGCUCUCAUGAUCAGUAGAGUCACCGAACAGGAAUCUAUAGUAUAAUCAGCACACUGGAUGUUCCUCUCCUGUCUGUGACGGUUUUAUACGGAGCAAACACUCUGCUGAAUUACUGCAGGAUCACAUUCCAGAGGAGACACUAAAGCUCCUGCUUGUGAAAUUUAUCUAAGAUUACAGAAGCUUUUAGGUUUGUCUCAGUGCACAGUGCUUUUGCAGAUGUUUGUUUCUUCAGCUAAUGGAGCAGAUGUAUUUCAUUAUUAGUCCACAGUUCACAACCUUGUGAAUAAAUGUGCCAACAGAGAUUAUUUUCAAUUAA